UUUUCAUCUCACAGCAGGUACUAAUCUUCAGAUUGCUGGAUGAAAAAAGGUGCUGACCAGUGAUGGACUAAAGUUGUUCUGCAAUCCAACUCCUACCAUACAUGAAAUCGCUCGCACUUCUUGGACACAAACGAUAAUAGAUUAACUCAUUCAUAUUUAAUAGAAGCAAAAAUGCAGCCAUCUUCUCCGGACAGGGGAACAGGAAGAGGUCUACUUCCCUUUCUCACCACAUUGCUGAAGCUCUCUGCUACCGUUUCAACGCUAGCAAGUGGAAGCAAGGUGUCGAAAUAUGAGGAGAUUUUAUGCAAGUGCAGCACUGGAUGCGACUGCGGUCCGAACGAGGACGCUUCGAGGCAACAGCCGAGGCAAGAAGACGCUGCAAAAAGCCCGUUCCUCUGGACCCGGACACAAGGGGGCUACUUCAUCCCGAAAAGCGCCUCGUCGUCUCAGAAGCAUGCGCAUCUGCAGCAACUAGUAUCUGUUUUGGCGCAGCUUCCACCCGUAGAGAAGAGGAUAAUGAGUCAAGAAAGAAAAGCAAAUGCAGUAGAGCGAGACGAAACGCAUGAUGCUUCAUCCGUUGUGGAGCUUUUAGAAGCUCCGCCACAAGCAGUUUCAUCUUCGGAUAAAGCUGCUACCAGUGCAACGAUAGCACCAGCACCUCAAUUGAUGGCUGGAAUGAUUCCUCGAAUAUCAGCAGCACCAACUUCUUCUAGUACAACAGAGAAAGCAACAAGAAAAACCUCUCAAGUAAUGAAGCUGAGAAGAACGCAGAAAGCAGCAGGUGAGUUCGGCGGAUCAGCGACUAGAAAUUCUUAUGACUAGAUAUUUAUGGGUUGCGACUUUCAACUAACAUUUUAUUUACAGUGACACAUAAGCAGCUAGCACAGCUCCCCUCUAACAAAAUAGAGGAUUAUUCCCCUCAGAACUGCACUAGAAAUAUUGCAACCUCCUCUAACUACCACGACAAAAAAAUCAGCUGUCCACCUCCUCCGCUGCCACUCUUCUGGACCAGCAGCAAAGCAACAUCUACCUCGAGCACUUGAAGAACGUAGCAGACGCGCAGUAUAUUGGAAAAAUUAGCGUGGGAACACCAGGCUCUGACGUGGAAGUGGUGUUCGACACGGGAAGCAGCGACUUUUGGGUACAGCUCAAGGACGUCGCAAAACAGAGCUCAAGCUUUACACGGCUUAGUGACGCUCCAACAGUGAUCAGCUAUGGCAAGGGCAGUGUCAUUGGGUUCCAGUCGACGGAUGUUGUACUUUUACUGUUCUUGUUAGCUAUUCCAUUUGCAUGAAUUUCUUCUUGGUCGUCGUGCCUCAUACUUUCUCAGCUACAGCUACGCAUUGAAUGACCAUAAACGUACUUAUAUAUAUAUAUUAAGUUGUCUCAUUGACUUUGCUUUCAGACAAGAACUGUGGUUACUCAAUACAAAUACCCUUAUACCGGUACUAGAUUACUGGUUGGCCUCGCAAGUAGACGCUAAUAGCUACACAAGAGGUACCAUGACGUGACAUGUGUAAGUCACAUUGACAAUGCUAAUCUUUCCAUCUCCCUCUCCACAGGUGAAGCUCGCCAACCGAGAGCUCAUUCUACCAACACAAGAAUUUGUAGCCGUCGAGCACACGAGGGAUUUGUCCAACGCUCAAUUUCAAGGCGUAAUUGGGCUUGCGUUUCAGGGUCUUUCGGUGAACAAGGAGAGAGGACAGACGCUGUUAGCGAAAAUGACCCGCAAUGGGGUUCCAGGGUAUUGAAAAGCUUGACAAUGUAGUAGGAUUGCAAACACUUCUACAACUACCUGAUCAGAGGAUCAAUAGUGAAUAACGACCACGACCCUGUAGCAACAACACACAUCUUUAUUUAAUUGUAGAUUUCGUUCCAUUCCACUCCACUAGCUUCUGCGUCCACCUAUCUGGCAUCGGAGACGGAGAUAGCGAACUCGCCUUUGGUGUAGAGAUUCCAGAUCAUUGGGGUUACGACCACAAGUCACUGGCUUUCGCACCAGUGGCUUACAAUGCCAACCUGUGGUGGGCCUUUCCCGGCUCUUUGACUGUUGGAGGCGCCACCUUCGAGUCGAACCUGGUAUUAGACACAGGGACUUCGUUUAUCGCGAUGCCAAGGUCGCUAUUCGUGGUGUUUUUGAUGUUAAGGCUGCAUGGUAUUAAGUAAUCUACUUAAGGCUGCAAGGGGUCUCAUUUCUGGCUGCAAGCAAUGUCGUAAGUUGAGGCUGCAAGCAAUGUCGUAACAAGGGAAAUGAGAGACACCUAGGGAUGAAUACGAUCUCGUGGAUACGACCUUGUGGUUUGCUCUAAUCCGCGGCCUCCUCGGUGAGGAUGCGUUUUCAACGUGUGCCUUGACUUUGCCACAGUCUUUGUGGCUAUGUCCCUGUGACGUUGCGGCUACGGCAAAUCCCGUGUCCGUCAAGCUCGGAGGAACAGAGUAUCCUCUGGAACCUAAAGACUUCUUCCAGCCUAUCCAGCGUAGUGAAAGCAUGAGCGACGCCGAUGACGAGGAGAUGUGCUUGCUGGAGGUGAUGCCGACAAAUGAGCAUUUGCCUUUUCUGCUUUUAUGAAUCUCUUACUCGGGUCGGGGUCGCUACGGAACCAGGCAGCUCUGAGUUGCUAUGUGGUUCGAAUGAGUGAAUGAAUGACUUUGACAUUGAUUAAGUACUUAACUACAACUGCGCUUCUGAAUUCUGUGCGAGAUUAAUUGCAUUGUAUCGUAACAAGGAGAAGAGCACGUGAGAUUGAUGACUGUGCUUGACUUUUUUGAAUCAGGGACUACGAUUGUCUUCAAGUGAGUAAUCCAUCUUCCCUAUGAUCGCUUCAAGGGAGUGAUUCAAAUUCUUGUGAAGAUUCUCUUUCUAAUCUCCGGCGACACCUUUCUCCGACGCGUAGUAGCCGUAUUCGAUGCGGACAAAAAGCAAAUAGGCCUCGCACGGCGUCUCGAUGUCAAGGGAGGACCACCAGUAGUGGAAAUGCAGAUCACAGAGGAUGACGAUGAUGGGGGAGACGAUGGAUACGGAGAAACGGUAAGCAGCCGUCUGGUACAGGUAGUCGUGUUUUGAUUUAGAGGAAGAAGCAUCUUUACCGUGCCAUACACCUGGAAUAUGGAUUCAUCUACUGUGACAUUUGAACUAUAAUACUUGCUUUCUUGUUAGUACUAAUAGCUACUUUUGUCUCAUUCUCACCAACGAACAUCAUGAAGGUAAGUAGUAAAAGACACUGAUGCAACAACACACACUCAUGCUGCUCAGGCCUCAUAUGGCGACUCCGACGAUGUCUUCAACGGUGACAGUAGCCACUUCGGUCGCUUCCUAUUUUCGUCAGCUCUUGGCGGUGGUUUGUUUUCUAGCGAUUUUCUGUGGUUGGCGCUUCCUUCCUUCGCCGCUUUGCUGAUUGUGAUUGUUUUUAGCUUCCGACAGAGCCGCGCCAGCACAAACGAGGGUGACGGCGUCCCCUACACGCGAAUGGAGGAGCCUCGGGGAUGAGGCGUUAGCAACAUUAAAGAUUAAGAUUUUUUAUAAGACAUAGGCAUAGUCGUUUUGGUACCUUGUAGUUCAAGACUGAUACUCUUGGACUGAGCAAGAGAAGUAGGCUGAAUGUUUGAUACAUGAUUUUCCUGGACGUCGUUGCACCAUCUGACUGAUGAAUGAUCCGCAGACGCUACACGAUCCCCAACACCCCUAUGAAAGUAUGUCAUUCCUGCGCGUUGCGGGUGUAGUAAUAGAUCGGGUUCUUAAACACAUACAAACGCCAUGUUCAUUUUUUGAACUUGAAAAUUGAAAUUCGAGGACGAUCCCGAAAAUUUUUUAUCGCAGAUCACCUCGAAUAUAUGAAAUCCAACAUGUCAGCCUAACACGGGUGUCAUCUUCGCCACAUUG